GGCCCAAAACGCGCAGCCCAUGCCAUAUAUAAACUCUUUUGCAGCCACAACAGCAAAACCUCUUAUUUUUAGGGUUCCGGAACCGGGCAGAGCCGCCGCCGUAGAAGCUCAGCGUCGCUGCCAUGGCGAGGAUCAAGGUUCAUGAGUUGAGAGGCAAGUCCAAGGCCGAUCUGUUGAGCCAGCUCAAGGACCUCAAGGCCGAGCUCGCUCUCCUCCGCGUCGCCAAGGUCACCGGCGGUGCUCCUAACAAGCUCUCCAAGAUCAAGGUGGUGAGGUUAUCGAUUGCGCAGGUGUUGACGGUGAUUUCGCAGAAGCAGAAGGCUGCCCUGAGGGAGGCCUACAAGAACAAGAAGUUCUUGCCGCUUGAUCUGCGUCCGAAGAAGACCAGAGCCAUCCGCAGACGCCUUACCAAGCACCAGGCAUCAUUGAAGACGGAGAGGGAAAAGAAGAGGGAGAUGUACUUCCCCAUGAGGAAGUAUGCUAUUAAGGUUUAGGUGCGUACUCCACUGACUGGGAUGAAUGAACCGUGUGUUAUUGAAGAGGUUUAGUGAUUUUUGUUCACAGUAUUAAUAUUGUUUCUGUGGACGUGAUUUCUAUUUUAUUUUUUCCGAGUAUUGCUUUGAGAUGGUUUGUCGCCCCAAAAAAUGCCCAAAUGCUGUGUUUCAUUUUUGGUGAUAGUUUAUUAAAGAUUUCUGCUUAUGAUUA